AUGCCUAAGAAAGCUGAAGAACCCGAGGAAAGGGUCCUCCUGGGCCGUUUCGGAUCCCAUCUGAAGAUCGGCAUUGUGGGGAUGCCCAACGUCGGGAAGAGCACAUUGUUCAACUUGCUGUGCAAACUGAGUGUACCGGCAGAGAAUUUCCCUUUCUGCACAAUCGAGCCGAACAAUGCCCGAGUCUCUGUGCCUGAUGAGCGGUUCAAUUGGCUGGUCGACACAUACAAGCCCAAGAGCAGCGUCCCAGCAGUUUUGGAUGUGGUGGACAUCGCUGGCUUGGUAAGGGGCGCUGCACAAGGUGAAGGACUGGGCAAUGCUUUCCUGGCAAACAUAUCUGCUGUCGAUGGCAUCUUCCAUGUGUGCCGAGCCUUUGCCGACCCCGAUGUGACCCAUGUUGAGGAUCGAAUUGACCCCGUGGAGGACCUGAAAAUCAUCUUCGCGGAACUGAGGGCAAAAGAUAUUGAGAGGGUGAACACCCACAUGGAGGCAGCCAAGAAGCUGAGAAACCAGCCUAAAGAACAGAAGGAACAGCUGGAAAUGUGUGGGAAGUUUAAGGAAGCUUUGGAAGAGGGGAUCGACAUCAGGUUUGGCAAGUGGAACAACAAGGAAGUCGACCUGCUGAACACGCUGCAGCUUCUGACUGCCAAGCCGUCGGUCUAUCUGGUGAACCUGAGCGAGAAGGACUACAUCCGCAAGAAGAGCAAAUGGCUGCCGAAAAUCUUCGAGUGGGUCAAGGAAAACGGUGGUGAGCCCAUCAUCCCGAUAUGCGUCUCGUUCGAGGCCAAGCUCCAUGAAAUGCCAGACGACGAGGCGGACAAGUAUUGCAAAGAAGUCGGGGCAACAUCAGUACUGCCCAAAAUCAUCACCACGGGAUUCAAGGCCAUCCAACUUAUCUAUUUCUUCACUGCGGGCCCUGACGAGGUCAAAUGUUGGCAGAUUCGAAAGGGGUCCAAGGCACCACAAGCAGCAGGUACCAUCCACACCGACUUCGAGAGAGGGUUCAUAUGCGCAGAAGUCAUGAAGUACACAGAGUUGAAAGAAUUGGGGUCGGAAAGUGCAGUGAAGGCGGCUGGAAAAUACAAACAGCAGGGGAAGAACUACGUUGUGGAGGAUGGUGACGUCAUUUACUUCAAGUUCAAUGUCACCUCCAAGGGGAAGUGA